AAUCGAUUCUCUUUAUCACUUUUUUUUAUACUUAACAGUGAGCUUUUGGUUUUUUUACUAACGUGUUUUAUGAGUGAAAGAAGAUCAAAAGCAGUGACGAGUGUGGGAGCCGAAGAAUACAACUUUGACUGAAUAAAUUGUGCUCCAUAGCCUUUAGAUAAUACAAUCAUGAAGUGGAAAUCAGUGUGGGUGCUUUUACUCGUUAGUGUCGCGGUUUCAUCGGCAUACUCCGUGCACGAGGAAGUCGAGGAGGAUAAGGAGCCACUGCGAGGGAAGCGCUAUCAAGAUGAGAGCUUCUCAAUUUUCGACGAUAUAUUCAAUAUUCCGGUGUCGACUCUGCAAGCAGUGACGAAACUCUUGAAAAAUCGUUACCGUUACGACGUCGAGGCGGCGGCUACCAAUAACAACGAUCGUGCAUCAUCCACCGACGACGUUACUACCACCACAACUACAAGUCCCAGUACCAGCAGCAGCAGCAGCAGCGAAAGCUCCGUCGUCGCCGUGGUGCCGCUCGAGCUUGCGCGCUACCGAGCCGAGCUCAAACGCCAGCGAAAUCUGCAGCGCCGCUAUCAGGACCAGUUGCGACGCCGUCGCUUCGAGCAGAUGAUCCGGGCGAACAAGCGCAGCCAGCAGCGGAUCCUCGAGGCGGACGCCCGCGGCCCGCAUCGCUAUCAUCGCGACCCGCUGAGCUUCAGCGCCGUGGACAGUUGGGUCAGUCGUCCGGCGAACCCGAGACGCUUCAACGGCCAUCAGGGUCACGGCGACGGACACGUCUAUCAGUACUACGAUCCCAAGAAGCCGCUGAGCUUUUCGCUGAGUCCGCAGCAGCAGCAGCAGCAAGCAAUUCGCCCAGUUCCCACGGAGCUGUCGUCAGCCACGAGCCAGCGGCCCAUAGUCGAGCCUGCAGCGACCACGACAACGACGACUACGACGACGACGACAACGACUACGUUGCCGUCUAGCACUGCAGCGGAAUCGUCGUCCGUGCCGACUAAUAUCAAGGUCGAAUCGCGGCACAAUAAUAAUAACAACAAUAACAACAACAACUAUCAUAAUUACGCGGUGCACGAGAGCAUCGACGAGGGCGAGAAUCCCUUCACCUUACCCAACUGGUUCGGUAUAAUCCACGUCGUUAGCGACGAAGCCAGCAGCAACGACGACUACAAGAGCAAGUACGCACAGGCGCGGAAAAACCAGGCGGCGCGCGAGGAGGAAUUGACCGGUAACGAGAUCGACGGCGAUCUGGCGGCCGCUUCGUCGUUGUCAUUGUCCUCCACGGCAUUUAUCAUUCGCAAUUGAAUGGCGCACCAGAGACCCUUGAUGAACGCGGCGUGCGCGUACAUAGACCCAGGAUUGUACAUAAUUAUGUAAACGCGCAUUACUCGAGGGCUUGAGUUUCGAUUUUUUACUCUCUCUUUCUUUCGUUGAUUACGAGAGAUUCCGAGAAAGAGUAAGAAAUACAUUUGCCGCCCCGAAAACGAGUAAAAACAAAAAAAUUAAUACAUAAAUGGCCCCUCGAUAAUGAAGACGAAUUUCCACGAUAAACGUUCGAUUGACAAAUUCAAAGUACUUGGAGAUUAAUGCAGACCGUAACGAUCGCAUACGACUUUUUAUACGCGAAAAAUGUAGUUUCUCGAACGAAAUCUCCUUAUAUACGCGCGGCUAGAUGUAGUUGCAGCGGCGACUUGCAGAUCAAUACGGGGACUUAUAUCACAGAGACGUGUGCGGCGCGUGUACUCUAAUUGAGAAAAUUUUCACGCGGAUGAAGAUUUUUUUUUUACUUGCGUUGGCAGUUUAUAAACUACAUACACACGCGAAUGCACAAAGCUGAAUAAGUCGAUUUCAAUCGAAACUCACCGCACCGAAACAAACUUGUAGCUGAUCUCGAAUUCCUAUGAAAAAAGAAAAAAUAAAAUUUCGCAAGAUACAUCAUUUCUUUGAUCGUUUAUUUUUUUUUUUUUUUUUUGCUUUUCAUAAAACUCCUCGAACGUAAAAUCGGCGUCGUAUAGCGCACUAAACGAGCUUGCGCGCGUGCAGAGCUCGAGUUUAGGUAAUCCCCCCCGGUUAACAUAUCGGACAAAAGAUGAUGUCUAAAUUGGAGCCGAGCAAGAUUUCGCAUUACAAUAAUAAUCGCACGAGAGAGCUCGAGAGUGAAUAUUAAUUUCAAAAUUCAUACACACAUGCGUCCAUAAGCUUGUGCAUGUGUGUGCACUUUAAGUGUUGCAUAUCAUGUAUGAGCGCGCGAAACGUUUUAAGAUCAUUUAUUCCGCGUACAGUAAUAUUAUAAUUGCUCCGCUAUAUAAUAUGUAGAUUACCCCACCACGUGGGCAAUAAUAUUCAAUAAAUUAGCGUUUGCUCAAUCGCUCAUACACGGCUCAAACGGUGGAGAAAAGAACAUAAGGGGUCGACAUGACUUUCAAGCGUGGUGCGGUCGGGUCGCGCAAGACAUGCGCCAGCUGUAACGACGCCUCUCCAUCCGCGUUUUAACUUUCGGACAAAUUUGUAAUACGCUACCAAGCGAUCGGUACAUAAUUCGUCAAAAAUCGUCAUGUCUCAUCUCUUUCGUAACGCUGGCCGGUGCACUCGCGAGGCAAGUACGUAUAUUAUAAUGACGGUUACACACUGUACCGCGCGAACCCGUGAAAGGAUUACUUUUGCGCGUCGCGACUUUAUGCAUGUUUUUUUACGAGGGACGCUGGGAAUAAUAAUAUAUUUACAACUUAUUAAACGACGCUUGCACAUACGAACGCACUCGCGUACUUUUCUCUUUCUUUUUCAAUCUCUUGUCUUUCUCUCUCCAGAGUCCAUACUAUAUGAAAAUUCUUGAGCUCGCGUGCCGCGUCCUUUAAUUACACCGUAAACUUUACGCGAUGCUUGUGGGGUAAAAUUUUAUAAAUCAUCGCUUCUGCGUGUAUUUGUCGAUACACACUCAAAGAAUCCUUGACGUAGCAUAUAAUAAGCUCGACUUGAUUAAAAAAAAAAGCAAACGCAGGUAUAAAUGCACGGAACACGGAGAGACAGAGAUAUUGGUAAAUCAUGAAAUUGUCGUAAAAGCGAAAACAUAUUAUACGCUCGCUGUAACUGCAUUUUCCGCAUCAUGACUGCCAAGAGGAUCGCCGCCGUCGCUGUUGAUGCUGCGCAACCUCUUUCAUAUAUACACCGUAUAUAUAUAUUAUAUAAAGUUUAUGUCGCUUGGACAAAUAACUCAUAAACGUAUAUAAAACAUAUAUACAUACACAUGUACAUUUCACACCUUGUAUUAUAAUUGCACUUAUGUAUAACAUUCCAUGUAUAUCAGAGAGCUGUAACGUUACCGGAUUUUUUUUUCUUCUCCUAAGGUGUAUAGUCACGUAAGAAGCGUAUUAUUAUUUUGCAAUCAUUUAGAGAUUAGAUGCUAAAAUAUACCUCUACCGAGCAUACUACCAACUUGUAUACGUCCUAGGGUAGACUCUUAUACUUUUUUUUAUCAUUAUUAUUUUGUAAACCUUUUCCAUCCAAGUGCUUAGCUUAUAAAUAAUGUGUAUAGGAAUAUAAAUGCGCGUAAGGGUGUCUUACGAAAUUCCGUAAGAUUGCGCUCUAUGCGACACACGCACAUACACGCAAAAGUUUUCGAAAUUCAUUGAAAAAACACUAAAUUAAAGCAAAGAUUGCUGUAUGCUGACAGGUUUAAGUCCACGACAGACGAUGAAAUUGAUGAAUUUUUUGAAUCAAUUAGAAAUAAUUUGGAUGCCAUAAAGUAAUUGGCUGUUUAAAAUGUGUCAAAAGCGUAUUAAAAAACAUAUGUAUUGUAAUUUUUUAUGUACUUAAUAUUAAUUCUAUGUGCCUUUAGAUGCCUCAAGCUGAGAACACUCAGUAAUGGAAUUGUAAACAAACGAGUAUUUAAAAAAAACUUGAAUACUAAUACGUUGUUAAGUAUUU